AUGCAUCCUCUCGACCCUCUGACACCAGCCGAGAUAGCGGCUGCUGCCAAAAUCAUCAAAAGCAUCAACACGGAUAAGAACAUUCACUUCAAAAACAUCACACUAAUUGAGCCACCAAAGGAACAGUUGAAGAAAUUCCUUGCUGCCGAGAGAAAUGGCACAACUGCGCCUUUGCCCCCACGGCGAGUGUCGUCCUUGUAUUAUCAUCGGGGCACCGCGGAUCUCUUCCACACGACAGUGGACAUGGACUUAGGCAAAGUGGAGGGCACAGAGCAGCUGAAUUCUCGAUACUUUGGCCAAGCCGAUAUGGAUGAAGCCAUCGAGGUUCGCGAAAAGUGCUUGAGCCAUCCCCAAGUGAUUGAGCGGAUACGCAAUUAUGGGCUGCCGGAGAGCUUCGUCGUGGUGUGUGACACAUGGCCAUAUGGACGCGAUUCAGCGGAGAUGGGUAGGAGACUCUCGCAGUGCUAUCUUUAUGCCAAAGACGGCUCUCACCCUGGAGCCAACGCUUAUGACCAUCCGCUCCCGUUCUCUCCCGUCAUUGACUACGUCACCAAGGAGCUGGUCACCAUCAUUGAGCUUCCCGUCGGAGCAGAUCACAGCGUCACACCAGACUUCAAGUAUAUCCCGCACAAGUCCAAGGAAUGGCAUCACGAUCUUCACUCUGAGCCGCCCAGAACUGACCUCAAGCCACUCACGGUUCACCAACCCCAGGGCGCUUCCUUUACCGUGGACGGGCACUUGGUGAACUGGCAAAAGUGGCGGUUCAGGGUUGGCUUCAACUGGCGCGAAGGUAUGGUGUUGCACGAUGUAACCUAUGCCGGCCGGCAGUUAUUCCACCGCCUCAGCUUGAGCGAGAUGUUUGUGCCGUACGGUGACCCCAGAACCCCGUACUCGAGAAAGAGCGUAUUCGAUGUUGGUGAUAUUGGCGCUGGAGUCGCUGCCAACAACCUGGCAUUGGGCUGUGACUGCCUAGGACUGAUCAAGUACUUUUCAUUCACACUCAGCAACUCAAAUGGAGAGCCAGUGGAAAAGCCAAACGCCAUUUGUAUGCAUGAAAUCGACGACGGCAUCGGCUGGAAGCACACGGAUGGCGCAACUCGACAAGUCUCCAUUGUGAGAUCGCGAGUGCUUGUCCUCCAGACCAUCAUCACUGUCGGCAACUACGAGUACAUUUUCAUGUGGCACUUUGACCAGGCCGCUGCUCUACACUAUCGAAUUCAAGCCACUGGCAUUCUUUCGACCGUACCGAUUGCCCCUGGCGUCCAAGUACCAUGGGGCACCAAUGUCAACGACGGGGUCAUGGCGCCAUACCACCAGCAUGUCUUUUCUCUGCGCAUCGACCCAGCGCUAGAUGGUGACAAGAACAGUUUCGUCGAGGAAGAUUCCAUCCCCAUGCCUUUUGAUGAGAAUAACCCGGUCGGCGUGGGAUACAUUACGGAAAAGAGGACUAUGGCCACGUCGGGGUACUCCGAGGCGCAGCCAAAUCGUGUUCACAAAAUCAUCAACCCUUCAAUCAUCAAUCGAGUCACUGGAAGACCUAUCGGAUACGCGAUACACAGCCCGGUAAAGCAGAUGCUCUUGGCACAUCCCCAGUCAUGGCACGGAAAGCGCGCCAAGUAUGCCCUCCAGCCUUACUGGGUCACAUCACACCGCGACAAUGAAUUGUAUGCCGCAGGAGACUACACCUACCAGUCCCUGCCCGAGGAGGACGCGCCCGUCGGGAGUGUCACCCCUGGCCGUGGCGACGUUGCCACCUGGGCGGGCCGCCAGGACAAGGUGGACAAUGAGGACAUUGUACUGUGGCAUUCCAUCAGCUUGACGCACAAUCCCCGCCCCGAGGACUACCCCGUCAUGCCGUGCGAGACCAUGACUGUCAGCCUCAAGCCCAGCGGCUUCUUUGAGCAGAAUCCUGCCUUGGAUGUGCCGCAGAGCACGCAAGGCAUCAACAAGAGUAUACUGUAUGAGCAGUACCAGCAGACCGCAGCCAAGACGUCACCGGGGAAUGCUGCAGGCUGUUGCACCCCUAAACUCUGA